UUGUGUUUCCUCCUGCCGCAGGACCUUUUUUCGGAAGCUGGAUGGGGGCUGGGCACAGUCGAGUCUUAAUGAGCACAGAUCUCAGCCAUUCCUCCCAAUACAAUACCUCUCACUUGCGUGCAGCACAGGUCCCUCGCUAGCCAUUGUCCGCGGCGAGAUAACAAAAUCGCCCUCGCACUUCGCUUAUAUAAACACAGGCAUCUCUCAAAGUUUUCCCUCUCUUUUUUUCUUCAUCAUCCAUCCUCCCUUGAACUUCUCAACCGCCACCUCCCAUUCCGCCGAUACUCCCUCGGCCCGUCUUGCGAUUUAGAGCGAAUCUCACUCUUGAUCACAAUCCUCCCAGCUAUCAACGAGCAUAACCCGCACCCCUGUCCACAUCCCUACCUCUUCAUCGACAUAUAACACACAACAUCUUUCUUCUCCACCUGCAAACAUGAAGUUCGCCACCGCCCUCCUUUUGAUCAUCUCUUAUAUCGCUGUGGCAUCUGCCCACAUGGCCAUGCUCUGGCCAACUCCCCGUGGUGGUUUCGGCACAAAGCAAUACAACGGCCGGAUCCAUGCCUUCAUUGGUUACAAGGAUAACGUCUGGAAAGUACGGUUCCCCUGCGGCGGUUAUGCACCUGGCCCUAUCACCAAGAUGAAGGCAGGUCAGACCAUCAAUGUCCGUUUCUAUGCCUCUGGUAUGAGGGCCAGCGAUAUCAAGAAGCAACCCGUCCUGACCAAGAGCACCAAACAGUUCCACCAGGCCCGCCACGGCGGUGGAAUGUGCGAGUUCUCUCUCUCGUAUGACGGCGGCAAGACCUUCCACUUGAUUGGUCGCUACACUAAUACUUGCCCAGAUGCUUACUUCAAGUGGCCCGUUAAGAUCCCAAGCAAUGUUCCCUCCUGUACACACGACAAGUGCCUCUUCGUUUGGUCAUGGACUGCCAACAUCUUGCCUCAGUACUACAUGAACUGCGCCGACAUCCGUCUGGAAGGUUCUAAGGACGGCAAGCUCCCCAGCCAGUCCAUCCAGAUCGUUGACUUCAAGAAUCGCAAGAUGAAUGUCAAGGAGCUCGGCGAUGGUAUCAAGCACCGCGCCUCCACUGGCCCUACCAAGAAGGAGAUUAGCGGCAACUUGAGUGGCAACAUCCCCAAGGCCCUAAAGAAGGCAUAAAGCCUAAGAAAGCCUCGUCAUAACCAUGGCCUCCUCCUUGUAUAUCGGCUACGCACGGCCAUACUAGUGCGCUGAAUAGAGCAAAAUAAAAAAAACCCAAAAAAUUAUUAAGUC